AACAUUGACCUUCACAUGUGAUCAUGUAGAGGCAGAUCUGCAACAACAUGUCGUACAAUCCCAGCAACGCCUACUCGUCGGCGAGUCCAGCACCUCCACUUCCCAGCUAUCACUCCACGCCGCCUCCACCCCCACCGAAGACCUCGACGCCCUCGUCCCGUGGACCACCACUCCCACCAACCCCAGGACAACAGCAUCAAUCCUCCGAACUAGACGGCGGACAGAAUUACCAUACUCAGCAACCUCGGAUCUCACCAAUUGAACCAGGAUGGCUGCCAGAAACACUCAGAGAUAAAUCCACGUCCGACCUCCAUCGCAUUCUCUCUACACCCUCCUUGCAGUCCGCCCUCCUCACGAAUCCCUCAACAGCUCACCCGUCCAUACAACAAUCCGUCGCUCCGCUCCAACCACUCAUAAAUACCAACCUUCACUUGACCUCCACGCUCCUCGACCUUGAACGUCAGCUCUCUCACCUCCGUCAGCAUACUCAAACCCGCCUGCUCUCCCUACGAGCUCUCGAACAGAACCACCGCACAAAGAUUUCAGAAACCGAAACCGCAUUACAAGAGUUCAGUCCAAUGGCAUUGUACCAGAGACUCUCGGCGAGUGGGCAAGAGCAAGAGGCACUCAAUAGAGGGCUGGAGGAGAGUUGGCUGGAAGAAGAGGGUUUGGCGAGCGAACGGGAGGUGGGAGAAUUUGUGAGACGGGUCAAGGAAGGUAGGAAAGUGGCUUUCUUGAGGAGGGAGAGAAAGGGUCGCUGGGACGAGGGCAGGGUUGGCGGAUGGAGAUGAGCAGUGACUGGAGCAGAAUGUGGGAAAUAUUGGAACAUGACAAGGCUUCAGGGCAGUGCUCGUGCUCGUGCUGGAACCUCGUCGCACGCUGAGUCUGACUGGACAUUCUCUACGCCGGCGCUCCAUGAGGUUCAACCUCCCAAGCCCGGGUGUCUUUUCGAGCUCGACUUUUCCGGAUUUGAAGCCUUUCGGGAAGUUGCGCAGCCUUGCUCCCCCAUUCUCUCCGCGGUCGCGGCUUUGCGUCACAAUGACACCAUAGUCAUCCCAAUACUGUCCAAACGACGGUGGGGGCCGCCACGGAAAUCCUCCAGUGUUGAGAUGGGGAGUGUAGGCAAGCGGGCUCCCACUCCAGGCCGCGAGAGGGGGCCCGAGGAUCGGUAGAGCGGCCAAGAAGAGUAUGGGAAGAGCUGCAAACAAGAAAAUGUCCAGCUGCGAAUGACGUUCCCGAUCCUCACAAGUAGGCGCAAGGAAAAGCAUCGAGUCUUGCGUCUUGCACAGCCAGAGUGACCGGCAGGACUGCUCAAUCCGCGGCCCCCGGCUCGCUUUGAAAGUGUGCAGUACCGGAGCUAUACAAGUCUGGUUGUUUUUGACACUAGCAG